GCAUGCGCGGAUACUCCAGCCCGCCCACACGACGAUGGGCAGCCGCCCCUCCUUCACUGCGCAUGCGUAGUAACUCGGCGGGAACUGUUCAAAUGGGAGCUCGCGCGAAAUUUUUUUUAACUUUCUUCCGGCAGAGUCGGUGGAUUUGACUGAGGGACCCAGCGGGAGAUAAAGUUUAUUUUUAAAUAAAAGAAAGAAGAAGAGGGAAUAGUUUUAAAUCAUCUCUCCUUAAAGUUAGCAGAAACUGAUAAAAGUCCCACGAAACGAGUUAAUUAGUAAUUAUUCAACAACUGCCCACUGAGGCGCCCGAAAGUUGCCGCCUGGCUCCAGUAUCGGGGGGUGGAGGGUUUCCCUCGUCCGUUCGGUAGCCAUAAGAUGUCGGCCGAGCAAGUAGCCGGCUACUCACCCAGCUUUAAGAAGCCCGCGGAGGUUCUGAGGCUGCGGAGGAAGCGGAUCUGCAGCGUGGCCGGCCGGCUUCCCUCGGAGCCACCGCCGACUUCCCCCGUUGAGAAGGCCGAGCACGGCGGCCCCGGCCAGCAGCAGCAGCGCAAGAAGUGCCGGAGGAACCCGUUCGCCAACAUCGCCAAUACCUGCGGGCUGCCCGCCGAGAGUGCGGGCCCUGGGGGCGGGCGGCCUGCCGAGGAGACGCCGCUGAGCAAAGGGGCUCCUCAGGUGCUGCCUUUAGGAGAUGAAGAUUCCAUUUUGGAAGCAAAGUUUAUUUCCCAAGUACUACCAUUUCCUGUGCCAAUUAAAAAUUUGCAGGACUCUAGAGCACUACCUGAAUGCACUUCUUUACCUGAAAGCUUCCCUGCUGACUGGAGUGUCAAAACGUGGGUUCUGUUCACAUCCCCUCACCCUUUUACUUGGACAGGUCAGCUUAAAGCAUCAGAAGAAGCCAAAGGAUUAAUUCAACACUGUCGUUCCUCAGUAGUUGAUCUUCCUUUGCAUGUAGAGGACCCAAGAUCAUGCACAGAUUUACGCUGUGCCUUCCAGCAGAAUCUUGUAUACUGGCUUCACCCCUCCCUACCAUGGCUAUCACUUUUCCCUCGCAUAGGUGCAGAACGGAAAAUGGCUGGCAAAAAUAAUCCAUGGGCACAAGACGAAGAACUCCAACAAGUGCUAAUGAGUGAAUGGUCACUCAGCUUUAGUUCGUUGUAUAAUCUACUGCGAGCCAAACUUUGCCCAUUUUUCUACUUCUGCACAUAUCAAUUCACUGUGCUUUUCCGAGCAGCUGGAAUAGCAGGAAGUGAUGUCCUUACUGCUCUUAUUUCCCCUACAACAAGAGGUCUCAGAGAAGCUAUGAAAGAUGAAGGGAUCACAUUUUCCUUGCCCUUACUGGAAAAUAGUAGAAAUGAAAAGACAAAAAAAAGUGAAAUGACAGAGUUGGGAACACGCAUUCCAGAUGCUAAAACACAGGAGAAAAACUUGGAUGUUCAGAAAGAAUAUGCUGGCAGUAGUGAAGAGGAUGAUGAUGACGAUGGUGGAAUAUCCUGGCUGAAAGAAAUGGGUGUACAGGACAAAGUUAGAAAGCCUAAUUCUAUUUCCGUUAAACUUCGUAAGGAACACAACCUUGUGCGAAUGGACCAUAAGCCUGAAUCAGCUGUACUAGUGAAAGGCCCACAGACGUUGACGUUGCUGAACUUCCUUAUAAACAAUAAGAGCAUUGUAGCUGGAGCUGGACCCCAGGCAGGACUCCCACCUACACUCUUGGCACCUGUUGCAUUCAGAGGAGCCUCAAUGCAGACAUUAAAGGCCAGAAGUAUUAAUGUUAGGACACAGCAUCCAUCUGGGAUGAAGGAAUCUCACAGCCUUGAGAUCACUGGUCCCAUCAUGCCUCACACCCUACACAGUCUGACGCUGAUGCUGAAGUCGGCACAGAAAGGAAACUUCACAGCCAGCUUUCACUCACAUGAGCCAACUUCUGUGUUUAAUGUAGCCCUCAAACUGGAACAUCAUGAAGGCAAGGACUGCUCUUCAGGUGAGCUUUCUAAUUAUGGUCUACACCCAGAAACUCUGAAUCAACUAAUGAAACAGCCAACCAUUGGAAAAUCCUCCAUGAAGCAUCUAGAAAUGAAGGACUAUAAAUAUACAUGGAAAUUGUGAAUUCCAGUUUUCCAAUGAUAGUUCUGUGACUUAUUUAAAGUUUUCAAAAGUCACCUUUUGUAGAUGUUAAGUGAUGUGCAACUGCAUUCUGGAGGAAAGCUACAGAUGGAUUGUGUUAAUGAACAUUGACUGAAGCAAUGAGGACCAAAAAACAUUAGAUAUUAAGUGACUGCAUACCAAUCCUAUUUAUUAAUACACUGUACAUUAGUAUUAGCCAUGUUAUUUGAAAUUGGGUUUAUUUUUAAUGCAGAUGAUAAAUGCAUUUCAUAUUUUUAAUUGCGACACUGAGCCAUUCAGGGUUUGAAAUAUCCAUUUGGUUAUUUGGAGUAAGGGAAUUAUUUCAGUGAUUUGUUUUUUUUAACUGAAUGGAUCAUAGAACUAUUUACUAUAGUAGAAUCUGUUUUCUCUGGAGAUAUGGUGCUGUUGAUGGGUAGGAUAAUGAAAGUGAUUCUGGAUUUGUAGGAGUUGUAGAUGGAUGGAACUUUAUUUGACUUUUUAAUUAGGGAAGAAUUAAUGAGUAUUGGAUAAAAUGUCUAGAUUGUUUCAAUUGCCUUUGUUUUUACCUAGGAGAUUGUAAACAGCUAGCAGGUAGGCAAGUAAACUUUUUUUCUGGUUAGAUAUUCAGAUUUUUAAGUUAUUUGAUUUGGCUAUGAUAUGACUUAACAUAAUGUAGCUUCAAACCAUGUCUAACUGGUAUUGUUAUCUGUUUGCAUGGGAUUCUUCAGAGGACUGUUUUAUUCAACUUUAUGCUGGUCUAAAAAUUUCCUGCUAUUAGGUGUGUUAUAAAUCAACCUUGACAAAUAAUGAAACUGACAAAUACAAUUUAUAGAUCAUCAACCCCAUAGUUUACUGGCAUGCAAAUUCUCUCCAAUUCAGUGUAUCAAUAACAAUAUUUAGUGUUUAUAUAUCAGCAGGAUCAUUGUGUAAGAAUUGCAGUCACUUUUUUAUUUACCCUGCCACAGCAAUGUCAGAGAAUGGAAAUAAGCUAACAAGAUCAACAGUUAAGUUGGUUUUAGGGUUGUUAAUCUUAUUAGAAUGUGAUGUUUUACUUAAUAAUUAGUUUUAGCCUGUGAUAUAUAGUGGCCAGUUAGCACUGAAAUGUGAUGAGGAUUAACUAGAUCUGACCUGUUAAUUGAUACAGCAUAAGAUUCUGGCACAUUUCAAUUUGUAGCAGACUGCUUAUUGAUUUAAUUAUAAAUACUUUUACAAAAGGAAAAUGUUGUGAAGUAAUUCUAAAUGAGUAGAAAAGAUGUAUAUUGUCCAUUUUUACUUUAGCAAUCUAUGUUCAACAUUGAGCAGAUAUUUUGUAUUGCACUUUCUGAUCCACUGCCACUUCAACUUGACUAUUUAUUAAGUAUUAAAUAUACAAGUGAAGCUUU